CGCUGCACAGGCUGGAUACAUGCUGAGCGCACUCAAGCUGCUCACCUACCCCACUUCGCUCCCGCGCGCCCGUCUCCCGCCUACCAUCGACGUGCCCAUGAUGCCCGUCGCCUCCCCGCCCGCGUCCUCCUCCUUCCCCACACACAUGCUCGCCGUCUCCUCCUCGCGCGCCUCGCACUCCGCGCCCAACACCCCCACCGCAGGCUCCUUCGUAUCGCAGAACUCGUCGACCGCCACCCUCCCGCUCUUCCCCGCACACGCGCUCGUGCUCGCCGUGCACUGCACGCUGCUCCCGCAGCUCCCGCGCUCGCGCCCGUCGAACCGCACCGCCUCGCUCCAGCUGCCGGUCGUACCCCUCACGGUGCCGAACGCGGAGACGUUUGAGAUGCUGCACGCGUAUCUGCAUACGAAGCGCGCGGAUCGUCUGCUUGCGGAGCUCCUCCCGCCGCUCGCGAACGUCAUCCCCCCCGCGCACGGCGCCGCCUCCUCCUCUGCCGGCAGACCCGCGUACAUCUCGCAGUUCACGAGCGAGGGCCUGUUGAGGCUCGCGCAUUCACUCGCGUCGAGCGCCGCGGGUCAUCCGCAGGGCGCGCUGCCGGCGCUGAUGGGCUGCACGAGGGUGAUCAAUGGGUUGUGGCGGAACGUGUGUGCGCUGGGCGUGUUUGAUGCGGAGCUGUGGGGCGUUAUGGAUGUUGCGUGGGAGAUUGUGCUGGCUGCGCUGACGAGGGCCGCGGAGCGCCAGCGUGCUUAGAUGGCGCCGCCGCCGCCGCCACAUUGCGGGCUGGACUCGCGCCGAAAACGCCAAAACGAACGAACGAAAGAACACACGGAGAAUUUCAUGCCGACCCGGCCUCGUCUGUCUAUCCAUCCACCUUC